UCAAUUCACGAGGCAUGCGUCAGAGUGAGAACAGACGAUUCCGGAUAUAAAAUGUAGGCAGCGAUGCAAAGGCUGCAGACGAUUCUUGGCCAUCUCCCUCGCCAGCAGUACCUCGAGUGCCACGAACCCUGGCGUGCCCGUCUCGUACAGCGACGACAGGCUCCAGUCCAGCCUGCUGGGCCGAAGGAGAGCCAGGCCGAAGUCGGCUAUCUUGACUCCCGCCCUGCUGGGGCUAACUAGCAGGUUGGCCGGCUUGAUAUCCCGGUGCCACACCCCAACUUGUGCAGGUGCUGGUGGGGGGGGCGGGGUCUCGCGUGGGGGAUUGGGGUGGGCUUCCACGCCGUUGACUCGCUUGGCGAAGGUCUUGACCGCUCGGGUCUCCCCACUGGCCUUGUGGACGGCCUCGAAGAACUCAAUGUCAACCUACAUUCUGGUGUGUUGACACACACACACACACACACACACAAUACACACACAGAGAGAGAGAGAGAGAGAAUGAGCAUGAGCAUGAGCAUGAGCAGGAGUGCCGACGUGAAGGCAAGUUUUGCGUAUGCAUCCUUCCUUACCAAACACGGCUUGGGCUUGUUGCGAUGGAUGAAGGGCAUCUUGAGCAUGCAGGAGGCCAUCUGCAUACACAUACAGACAUUCAUGCAAGCGCCCAUUAAUCUAGGGAGGGACUGUGUGUGCCUCUCGCGCGUGUCCGUACCGCCCAGAUGUGUAUUCGGAGUACUGGCGUCGGACACAUACAUACACACACAACACGACAACACCAUGGAUACACAUACAUUGUUGAGUGCGUCUAUCUGCCCUUGCCUGUUUGGCGUCAUCGUCCCUUCAGUCACGAAAUGCUUGGGUACUAUGCACAGAUCCCCAGGGGAGCCACGCAGGUCGAACGGAGCUUGCUCAUCCUGAAGCUUGCCGUCGUCUCUUUCCGACGAAUCAGCCACAGCCCACUUCUUCUUGCCGUCAGGCACCUGGGCGACGCCCUCGAGGAAUGAUGGCGUGUCGCUAACAGACACAAACACAUACACACACACACACAAAACACAACACCAUGGAUACACAUACAUUGUUGAGUGCGUCUAUCUGCCCUUGCCUGUUCGGCGUCAUCGUCCCUUCACCGACGAAAUGCUUGGGUACGAUGCAGAGAUCGCCAGGCGAGCCACGCAGGUCG